AACAAAAUACGGAAGAUGCUCGUUUCAUUUGCAAUCAUGAACUACCAAACAAAGCAAAAUCAUGAAAGUACCAGAAUAUCCUCCUUCCCAAAUUCCGAAAGCCCCCUUCAUAUACACCGCUCCAAAUUCAAAGGCGACUUGCAAAACUCGAUCACAGAGAAGCGGGCGGCAGCCACUUGCUGCGAAUCGCAAUCUCAGAGAACCCUCUGCUUGGUCGAAUCGCCAUCACUGGAAUUCAAGAUGGAGCCACAGAAUUCUAAAGAUCAUGGACAUAGAAUUGAAGUUUCUGCAGAUAUGCCUGCCGUGGAGAAGGGUUAUGGUGGGAAUAGGGUCUGCAGGGAAGUAACAUGUGGAUUCUCAGAUGCAAAAGCCAGUUCCCAAGAAGCAAAAGAGCGUUCAGCAUCAAUGAGGAAACUCUGGAUUGCAGUUGUGAUGUGUAUCAUUUUUAUGAGUGUAGAAGUUGCUGGAGGUAUUAAGGCUAACAGCCUUGCAAUUUUGACAGAUGCAGCUCACUUAUUAUCAGAUGUUGCAGCCUUUGCAAUCUCCUUGUUCUCAUUGUGGGCAUCAGGAUGGGAAGCAACUCCACGGCAGUCUUAUGGAUUUUUCAGAAUUGAAAUACUUGGGACAUUGGUUUCUAUUCAGAUAAUAUGGCUUCUUACAGGGAUCCUUGUUUAUGAAGCCAUUGCUAGACUCAUCGGUGGGACAGGGGAAGUUCAGGGCCGCCUUAUGUUUAUUGUCUCUGCAUUUGGCUUAGUGGUUAAUGUCAUUAUGGCUUGUGUACUGGGUCCUGAUCAUAGUCACGGCCAUGGUCAUGGUCACGAUCAUGGACACUCUGGGCAUGACCAUGGGAAGGGUGCUCAUCAUGAUCAUGAUCAUGAGGAAACUGAUCAUAACAUACACAGCCAGACAGUGAAUAUCGACAUACAUCACCAUGAUGAGGGUCAUUCCAAGCAGCAUAUGGAACACCAUCAUAUCCAUCGCGAAGCAGAUCUCUCACAGCCUCUGAUUGACAGUUGUGCUAGAGAGAAGAAAGAAAGAAAUAUAAAUGUGCAGGGAGCUUAUCUUCAUGUUCUGGGAGACUCGAUCCAGAGUGUUGGCGUCAUGAUUGGCGGUGCAAUUAUCUGGAUGAAACCCCAGUGGAAAUGUAUAGAUCUGAUAUGCACACUAAUUUUCUCCGUAAUUGUGCUGUACACGACAAUUAGGAUGCUGCGGAACAUUUUGGAGGUCCUGAUGGAGAGCACGCCUAGAGAGAUCGAUGCAAGACAGCUUGAGAAAGGAUUGUGUGAGAUGGAAGAGGUAGUGGCCAUCCAUGAACUGCAUAUAUGGGCAAUUACUGUAGGGAAGGUUCUGUUAGCUUGCCAUGUGAAAAUCAAGCUGGAUGCGGAUGCUGACAUGGUGUUAGACAAGGUCAUAGACUAUAUAAGAAGGGAGUACAAUAUUAGUCACGUAACAAUUCAGAUCGAAAGAGAGUAGAAUUCUGAACCGGGCAACGGCAACAACUAUGCUUUCAGGUUCUGCCAGUCUGCAAUGAAUUGUUUGUACAUGCUCCGUCUGUGAUAUUUGCUAUACAACUAAAUGUUGGAUGGUAGUUUUAUGCUAUUAUUUGCUUCUUUAUUCCGAGUCUUUAAUGAACACUUGCAAGCAAUUCGUGAA